GCAGGGGCGGGAGUGGUGGAGGGGCCGGCCGGUUGGCUGUGAAAGGGGCGGUGAGCGAGCUCCUCUGGUUUCCAGGCGAGCCUUGGCCUCCCCAGCAGAGACGGGGCGAAGCGGCGGCGGCGGCGGCGGCCUUCGGGCCGGCUGGUGAGGCGAUGGCGGCGCCGGCCCCGGGGGCUGGGGCAGCCUCGGGCGGCGCUAGCUGUAGCGGCGGCGGCGGCGGCGGCGCGGGCGCCGGCUCGGGCUCCGCGUCCGCGGGGGCCGGGGGUCGGCUGCCCAGCCGGGUGCUGGAGUUGGUGUUCUCCUACCUGGAGCUGUCCGAGCUGCGGAGCUGCGCCCUGGUGUGCAAGCACUGGUACCGCUGCCUGCACGGCGAUGAGAACAGCGAGGUGUGGCGGAGCCUGUGCGCCCGCAGCCUGGCAGAAGAGGCUCUGCGCACGGACAUCCUCUGCAACCUGCCCAGCUACAAGGCCAAGAUACGUGCUUUCCAGCAUGCCUUCAGCACUAAUGACUGCUCCAGGAAUGUCUACAUUAAGAAGAAUGGUUUUACUUUACAUCGAAACCCCAUUGCUCAGAGCACUGAUGGUGCAAGGACCAAGAUUGGUUUCAGUGAGGGCCGCCAUGCGUGGGAAGUGUGGUGGGAGGGCCCUCUGGGCACUGUGGCAGUGAUUGGAAUUGCCACAAAACGGGCUCCCAUGCAGUGCCAAGGUUAUGUGGCAUUGCUAGGCAGUGAUGACCAGAGCUGGGGCUGGAAUCUGGUGGACAAUAAUCUACUACAUAAUGGAGAAGUCAAUGGCAGUUUUCCACAAUGCAACAAUGCACCAAAAUAUCAGAUAGGAGAAAGAAUUCGAGUGAUCUUGGACAUGGAAGAUAAGACUUUAGCUUUUGAACGUGGAUAUGAGUUCCUGGGGGUUGCCUUUAGAGGACUUCCAAAGGCCUGCUUAUAUCCAGCAGUUUCUGCUGUAUAUGGCAACACAGAAGUGACUUUGGUUUACCUUGGAAAACCUUUGGAUGGAUGACAGUGGCUUUCUUGGGAUGAAAGACAGAGUGGAGGAGAUACCUACUUGUGGAAAGUAGAAUCAUGAAGCGACAGUGUCAUACAUGCAUGCCCAAGAAACAUCCUGAAAAACACAUGAAAUUGUUAACUGGAGAAACAGCUUUACAGCCGAGAUUAUCUUAGUGUUUCCUCUUUCUACUGGGCCAGAAAAAUCCUCAGGGUUGCAGUUGGUUGAGUGGGCAGUUGACAUAUGCAUGUUGCAACAGAUUUUGUCUCUAAGUUAGCAAUGUGUUAUUUCCAACUUUUAAGGUGAGAUUUUAGAGAUGCUAUCAAAGGGAUAAGAUAAGGAAAUAGCAAGAUUGUUAAGUAGUGUGUUUGUGAAGAAAGACUGAUCCUGUUUUACAACUGCCUGUUUUUUCUCCAGACCCUUUUUUCCAGCCAGCUUGACUAUUAGAAAAGUAUGAAACUGGUUGGAUUUUAUUUAAUAUUUUUAAUAUAUUGAGAAGCAUGGUCUGCCUGGACUGCACUUCUCUAACAGUGAGGUGUAAAAUUGUGCAGCUAUUUUAAAAGUUGUAUAUACAAUGUGUGUGUAAAAAAAACUGUAUAAAAAAAACACAGGACAAAGGAGUUGCUUUGUUCUAGUUCACUUUCUUAAAAACCACUACAUGGUACAAAAUUAGAAUAACAUUUAGGGACAAUUGGAUAACUACAAAGAAGAGGAUUUUAAGAGGAGAUGUGUUGUAUUGGCUGAUUUUGUGUUAUAUUUGGUUUACAGUUUCCAUAGCUAUUAUAGUCUUUUUUUUUUUUUAAUGAUCAAAAUUGUUGUAAAGAUCCCUCAAUCUCCUGGCUAACGAUGAGGGAAGGCAAAUCUAUUUCUAAUCAUACAUAGCAUAAAUCAGUAAUAAUAAUAAUGAUAAAGUGCAUCUUAUAGUAUCUGGUUGUGUUUUUUGGCCUUCUGAGAAAGUGUCUCAUAACAACACAGAACAUUGCCAUUUGCUCUUAUAGGACUCAAAUAUGAAAGCUGUUAGUUACAGACCUUAGGAAAAGAAUUGAUUAAUGGUCCCUUUAUUUUGUAACUUUAUAAUGCUGCAGAUAUUAUAAUUUUUUUUAAAUUUCAUAUUGUUUACAUCAUGCAACAAUCUAAGCCUCAAACUCUUCAUUGGGGUUAUCAAGGAAAUGUUUACUCAUGCACCUGGAAACAGUGCCAACCUGAACCCAGGUUAAGAAUAUGUUCUUAAUCUCAUUAUAGGUAAUUGCCCCCAUGGGACUUGAAAUGAAACACCUUGUGCUGAAAACUUCAGGUUGGCAAUAUUUUGAAGGUUUCAUUGUAGAAGAGCUUAACAUUAAUUCCUAUUCUGAAUUUUUGACUUAAUAAAUAUGAUUUCACUAAUACUCUUUCAAAUUAAUAAUCUAACAUACAUGAGCUGAGAUUUUCUUUUGUUAGAAGAGAAACAAACAUCAUCUUUCUGUAUGAAAGUAUAAAUUGUAUGGUUUCAGAUACAUCUUUGUGAUAAGAAUUGACUAAGGCAAGUGGAAUCUUUGUGCUUUUUAGGUUAUUGCUGUAUGUAUAUUUUGUUUUAAAUCUAAUAAAAUUAGGGACAGCAAGCAGCUGACUAGGGUUCUUGGGUUGCUCCUUGAGAGUUAAGAUUAUCAGUA